AUAUAACUUUUAAUAAUGUUUCGUGUCCCUGAAUGCCUUGUUUUUAUUUUCUAAAAUAGCAUAAUUGUGGUUCUAUAGCAGCAUACAGUUUUCUUGACUGAAACAACGGCUUCUACUGGGUGUUAAAUGUCUGCAGCUUAACAUGUCUGUUUUUACAACCUGCGUGAAGAUGGUUCUUUGUGCGCUGAGGCGGCAGCUCCUGAGGAGCAGCAGCUGCUGUGGAACCUGGACCAGGCCCUUGCAGAGACAGAGCAGUGGCUGUGUUUACUCCGGGAUCCAUGGCUUCAAUCGGGAGGAGAUCAGAGAGAAGCUGCAGGCCUUUCCUGGAGGCUCCAUCGAUCUGCUGAAACAGGACUCUGGCAUAGCUGUUCUGACUAUCAACAACCCCUCCCGCAUGAAUGCUUUCUCUGGCAGCAUGAUGGUGGAUCUAGAGGAGAAGGUGACACAGCUGGAGGAGUGGACAGAUGGUAAAGGCCUGAUUGUUCAGGGUGCUGCUGAAACUUUCUGUUCUGGAUCUGAUCUCAACGCUGUCCGAGCAAUAUCUAACCCCCAGGAUGGGAUGGAAAUGUGUAUGUUCAUGCAGAAUGCUCUCACAAGGCUGCUCAGGCUGCCUCUUAUCUCCGUUGCUCUAGUGGAAGGGAGAGCAUUGGGAGGUGGCGCAGAACUCACCACUGCCUGUGAUUUUAGGUUAAUGGCAACAGGCAGCGUGAUCCAGUUCGUCCACAAACACAUGGGUCUGGUUCCUGGCUGGGGUGGUGCUGCACGACUUAUCCACAUUGUUGGAAACCAGAAUGCACUGAAAUUGCUCAGUGGUGCUGUAAAAGUGGACUCUGAACUUGGCCUGCAGAUUGGAAUGGCAGAUGGAGUCCUGGAGGCCAACCAGGAAGCCAAAGGUCCAGGCACUCCCCUGCAGCAGGCUGAAAACUGGCUCAGCCGUUUUACCAAAGGACCUGCACCUGUGAUCCAGGCUGUGAAGAAAGUAGUAUUGUCAGGCAGAGAACUCCCUCUGUCAGAGGCUCUGAGGACUGAGAAGGAUGUAUUCGGGACUGUGUGGGGUGGUCCAGCGAACCUGCAGGCCCUUGCAAGCAAAUCCAAACACAAAUGAUCUGGUCUAGGUGUCUCCCUCCAUCAAAACUGUUUGUGAUAAAACUACCUUUGUGGAGUGGUUGACUCAUGUUUCAUAACACUCAACUAAAACCUUUUUAUGCACUUUUUUUGUUAAGCAUGACACAAGAAACUAGAAUCUGUUAUCUCUGGUUUCUGGGCUGGAGUGCCUUUGUGUUUUUCACAAUACUGUGUAGAUACUGAGUUCUUUUCUUAAGGUUUAUCUCUUAAAUAAAACAACAUCAUUAAAUAAAAGUGACACACACUGAUGAAGCAGGACAAGCAUAAAGCAUCAUUACCAGCAUCUGCAUGGCAGAUAGAGAAAAAUCUGUAUUUGCUGGUCAGUUCAGCUAAUCUUUCAGAUUCCUCAGUGCUCACUAUGUCAAAACAGCCUGGAGUUGUCCCUUUUCUUGGCUUCUACUAAAUUGUAAACUUAGAUGUAAGAGCUUAACUUGACUGAUUUCCAGUAAUCUGCAACAGGAACUUUGACUGAGCCAAAUGACACCAUGUUCAUAUCAACAUAUCACAUGGUUUGGUUUAGCUUGUGGCUUAUUUUGCUAUGCAUACUAAUUAAUCAAUGUGACAAAUGAGGCAUUGGAAAAGCACAUGAGGACAAACUAAAAUGGCAAGAACAGGACAGGCUCCUCAAUGCUGGCAGGCCAUAAUCUCCUGUUACUUUCCAGAGGUCAUGUUUCUUGGCAAAACACCCACAUGGAGUGUUUAUACCUGCCAUGCUCAGAAUACCAAACACCUACAAGGUGAACAGAUGCUAAUCACAAAGACUUGAUGUGGAGAAACUGGAAAUGGGCCCAUGGUCAAGAUGUGCAACCCUAAAUGUUAAGGAAUCAUAAAAGUAAACUUACAUAUUAAACAGUUUUU